CGUAGCGAUUUCAGACUGUGCAGAUAAAUCGAACGUUCCUAGUGCCUCCACACGCCUCCGAUAUCGACGUCGAUCGGGCAGUUCUCCGCAGAAGCUCGCGCAAGAUACAUGUUAACAAUGGAAGAUAAUGACGCACUUGCUAUAUUAGGCCUGGUUAUGUGUUUAAAGAAAAAAAAGAAGCGGAGUCUAUGGUGUAAAGACUGGCUCAUGAAAAGGAAGCAAUUUUCUCAUACCAACUUGUUAUGCGAGUUGAAAUUUGCUCCGCAAGAUUGGCAUAACUAUUUAAGGAUGAAUGAAGAGGCAUAUUUAAAUCUGCUGGCUUUAGUUUCUCCACUAAUAAAGAAACAAGACACUGUAAUGAGAGAAGCUAUAAGUCCUCAUGAAAGAUUAACUGCUACACUGCGAUUUCUAGCUACAGGACGUUCCUACCUAUGUAUGAAGUUUUCUACAAUAAUAUCACCGCAAGCUCUUAGCCAAAUAAUCCCUGAAACCUGUGAUGCUCUGUACGAGGUUCUACGGAAAGAUUACUUAAAGUUUCCAAAAAGAGAAGAAGAGUGGAGAAUAAUAGCGAGAGAAUUUGAGCAGAAGUGGAACUUUCCUCACUGUUUAGGUGCUAUUGAUGGCAAGCACGUUGAAAUCGUGCCCCCAAGUAACAGUGGCUCGUUUUAUUAUAACUAUAAACAUAGACACAGUAUGGUAUUACUAGCAAUCGUUGAUGCAAAAUACAGAUUCCUGUUAGUUGAUUUUGGGACAAAUGGAAGGGUUUCCGAUGGCGGAGUAUUGUUGAAUACAAAAUUUUAUGAAAAACUUGAAAAAAAGGCGUUAAAUAUUCCUACAGAAGAAAGGUUACAUAAUAGUCCACGAAUACUGCCAUAUGUAUUUGUAGCUGAUGACGCGUUUCCUCUAAGAAAGGACAUGAUGAAGCCAUUUCGGCAAAGUGACUUAGAUAGUAGAAUUAAGAAGAUAUAUAAUUAUCGGACAUCGCGAGCACGCCGUAUAAUCGAAAACGCUUUUGGUAUACUAGCGGCGAGGUUCAGAAUUUACAGAACACAAAUGAAUAUGUCGCCUGAAACUAUUGGGUCAGUCGUAAGAGCAACCUGUGCUUUGCAUAAUUAUUUGAUGUCAUCAUCGCUUAAUUCAUACGCUCCUUCAGAAUGUUUCGAUAGUGAACAUAAUGAGGAAGUAAUACUUGGUGCGUGGAACGUGCGCACCCUCCUUGAUUGAGAGACCAGCUUGUGUCCUGAGCGCAAAACGGCUAUUGUUGCACGUGAGCUCGGGCGUUAUAAUGUGGAUAUUGCUGCUCUCAGCGAAACACAUUUAGCUGACGAAGGUGAAUUGACGGAAAAUGGAGGAGGGUAUACCUUCUAUUGGAAAGGAAAUUCAGCGGCGGAGCCUAGAAGAUCAGGUGUUGGUUUCGCGAUUAAAAACAAUAUUGUAAGUAGAAUGGAAGAAUGUCCUAUUCACAUUUCGGACCGCGUAACAUCACUACGAUUGCACUACGAUGACAACUUUUUAAACCUCAUAAGUGUUUAUGCACCAACGAUGGACAAGAGUGAGGAUAUUAAGGACAAGUUUUAUGAAGAGGUAACGCAGACUCUAUCUAGAAUUCGUCCUAAAGAACAGAUACUCUUGAUGGGUGACUUUAACGCCAGAGUCGGGCGUGAUUUCGAAGCUUGGCCAAAUGUCCUAGGAAGAUAUGGAGUUGGAAACAUGAAUAGUAACGGCCAACUGUUACUGUCUCUAUGUGCCCAAUUUAAUCUGGCGAUCACUAACACCAUGUUUAGACUUCCAGCAAAAUAUAAGACCACUUGGAUGCACCCAAGAUCGAAACAUUGGCACUUAAUUGAUUUUGCCAUAGUGAGGCAAAGAGAUGUUUCUCAGGUCCAAGUUACCCGUGUUAUGCGGGGUGCACACUGUUGGAGUGACCACCGACUUGUAAUUAGUAAGUUGAAGCUCCAUCUUUAUCCUCGUCGCCGUUCUCAUGGGACCAAACAUCAGUCGUUAAACGUUAGACGUCUGCAAGAAGAAUCGACUAGGGAAGCUUAUGUUCAAGCAGUUGGCGAUAUGGUUCGAGCAAUAGAACUAGAAGACGGCGAUCUGCUUGAGAAAUGGUCAACUCUGUCAUUGGAGCUAGCUAAUACCACAUCUCAGAUAUUGGGCUCCAAAUCUCAUAAGAGUGAUGAUUGGUAUGACGAAAACAAUCAAGCUCUCACUGAGGCGAUUGCCAAACACAGAGCUGUUUUACGACUGCAUCAAGAUAAACAGGUUGAAGAAGUGAAACAUAGCAAUGUAGAACUCCGGAAGCUAGUGCGAGAAACGAAGGAUAAAUGGUGGAAAAAUAAAGCUGACCACAUACAGUGGCUCUCAGACACCCAUCAGAGUGGAGAGUUUUAUGAGGAGGUUCGCAAGUUAACUGGCUCGUCGAUACGUUCCAAGGUUCCAAUUAAAUCACUUGAUGGUACGCAGCUAAUUGCUAACAAGAGCGACCUCCUUAAACGUUGGUGUGAGCAUUAUAACAACUUGCUCAACGUCGACCGAGCCGUGGAUCUACAAUACAUUCGAAUUCGCUUUCGAACCGAUGGCGGUGUUUUCAACCUAUCUAGACUAAGAGCGUAUACCAAAGUGUCUUACGACAUAAUAACCGAAAUAAUGUACGCUGAUGAUUUGUGUCUUGUAGCGGAAUCCCCGGAUGGUCUGCAACACCUAAUGACUAGUCUUGAUGUGUCUUGUCGCAGGUUUGGUCUUAGGAUUAAUGUGACGAAGACAGAAGUAAUGGCAUUAGAUACAUCUAUUGAUGAGCCAAUGGCCAUAAAAUUAGAGGACGAGUCACUUGGGCAAGUGCAGAAGUUCAAGUAUCUGGGAAGCGUGAUAACAUCUAGGAGCCACCUUGACAGUGAGAUAAAUUGCAGAAUAGGAGCAGCUGCUGCAGCUUUUGGCAAGCUGAGAGACAAGGUGUUCCGUUCACAUGACAUAAAACUAUCUACCAAGGUGAGCGUCUACAUGGCAGUGGUGCAUCCAAAUCUCUUGUAUGGCUCUGAGACCUGGUGUCUUUACCGUAAACACAUCCGCACUCUGGACAGAUUUCACAUCAGAUGUCUUCGAGAUAUAAUGAAUAUUCACUGGUCGGAUCGUGUUCGCAAUACAGAAAUAUUAAGGCGAGCAAAUGUCUGGGGUAUCGAGGCAUACUUGAUGAGGCGGCAGCUACGGUGGUGUGGGCAUGUCUCACGGAUGUCUGACGAAAGAGUUGCAAAGCGCAUCUUCUACUCUGAACUGCAAGAUGGCAAGCGGAAACAAGGCGGCCAGCUUCUGCGGUACAAAGAUGUGCUGAAGCGUCAUAUGAAGCAAUGUUCCAUAGUUCCGGCACGUUGGGAGACCUUUACAAAAGACCGCUCACAUUGGCGGCGCUUAGUAAACACGAACGUGACGAAGUUUGAGUGGAGGCGACUUAAGGCGCUUGAUGCUAAACGCGAUGAGCUAAAGGCCCGACAACCAGCGGCCUUAUCAUAUAACUACAUUGCCGGUGUGUUGACGUGUAGCGAAUGCAGCCGCACGUUUAGCACAAAAUCAGGUUAUGCGAGUCAUCUAAGGGCUCACCAGCGGCGCUCUCAGCCGGAAUCUGAAACAGUCGCUGUGACCGAAUACGGUUAGGAU